AUGGAGAGCAGAAACACUGUAUAUAUGAUGUUUGGAAUAAUACUAUAUGUGUUGAUUAAACACGUCUCUGCCGAAAGUGACAAAGACUAUGAUCUCAAAAUUACAAAAUUUGUGUGCCUUGAUACACCUUAUCAACGAAGUGUGCUACAUUACUGCAAAACUAUAGUUCGUCGAAAUCGGCCAACCGUUUUGAACUUGUCAAUAACGAUUCCUGAAAGCUUCGAUUUUCUGAAAAUUAAAUUCAGUAUAGAAUAUAAGUUUACUACCUUUCGCCCCUUUUUGUUCGACUUAGAAAAAGAGGCAUGUGAAUUUUUGUCGUCAAAAAUACGAGAUCCUGCAUCGGAAAUUGCUUAUAAGGUAGUAUUUGAAAAGUUCACAAGUAUUGCUAAGCCCUGUCCACAUGGUAAUCGUACCUACAACAUUGAGUAUUGGGUGGAUCCUCAGACUCUUCCAAAAUCGGUGCCUGCUGGUGAUUAUCGAUUAACUUCAAUCUUCUCUUUUAAAGACAACGUGACUUUAUUAAAACUGCAAACUUACGGUACAACAAGGAGAAAGGGAAUUUUUCGUUCCAUGAUUGAGUGGUGA